CAUGUCUCAGAAAACAAUAAACCUGACCGAGUUGGAGCAGCUGCUGUUCUGGAAUUUUGGAUUCAGGUCUUAACAAGUCAACAACUGUGGCACAAAGACAAAAGUGUUUUGUAUUUGAUGGAUAAUCUUUGUAAAGUGGCAUUUCUUCAUCAACAGGAAGAUUGCUUGCAAAAGUCCCUUUAUCAACUGCACAAGAGUGCCCUUGGAUACCAUGGUGAUCGUGGAUUACUAACUUCAUUCAUGAGCUGGAUGUUAGCUGGCAACUUGACUCCAUCAUUUAUUGAAGGCAAUGCCACUUCAACUGAGGUGUGGUUUUCCUGGAUCAUAUUUAACAUGGAGGCAAUCUUUGAAGAAGAUUCUCAGCUCCGUAGAUAUGUGGAACUUGAAUUAAUCAGAAAACCUUCAGUUACUCCAGAUCAAGCCUUGAAGAAGGCACAAAGCCACUUGAAGUUGCCAGUUGUUCCAUCCAUUCAGCGGCUAAUGAUCUAUCGCUGGGCCCAUCAAGCUUUAGCUACUCCCGCAGAUCACCCACUUCUUCCUCUCAUCUGGCAGAAGUUCUUCAUUCUCUACCUUCAUCGGUCUGGGCCAGAGUUUGGUUUGCCAGUAAGUGGCUGUAUUGGAAAACGUUAUUUUUAUACAACUUCGCACUCUAACUUGCUGAAAGAAAUGAAAAAGCGCCUUGUCGAAAUAGCAGACUUUCACCAUGCAGCUGGUAAGGCUGUAAAUAUCUGGAAGGAUGUAGAUCGUGCUGACAAUGCCUCAACAUUGAAAGAGAAAAAUGCAAGUCACCUGCUUGAAUCCAUGACAUCCCCAGAGCUGCAUAAAGAAUUGCUCAGGCUUUUCCAUGUUUUUGCCUUUUGGUUGGAUGAUAUGAAUCUACAAAAGACUGAUCUUUAUCUGCCUUCUCUACCGGUGCAGUAUGAUACGCAUAGAUUGGCAAAGGUCAUGCAGAACCAGCAGGAUCUUUGGACUGAAUAUGUGGAUAAUGAACGUAUUAAGCACGAAUUCAUUGAGACAUUGAAUCUCUGGAUCCAGCUUCACCAAAAGCCUUCUGCAGCAUAUAGGGCAUCAAAUUUGAAUAACUUUUUUGAUCCACUUUCGGCAAAAGACAGAAUCUUCAGCAAUCUGAAGACCCACGAUGCCCCUGUCCCUACUCUGUCCCCACAACGUGUGAAAGCUCCUGUUCCAGAUAUUAUUGAAACUAGUCUAUCAGACAAAAAGGUGGCAAUUAAACUCAUUCAACAAAAUCUUAACAUCUUACGACAGCAGGCAAAAAUUGCAGCCCAAUGGGAGUCGCAGCAAACAGUGCUGGACUGUGAGCUUUUGGAAACAUUACCUAAAUUGUACAGCAAUCGAGAGGAACAAAUCACAAAGAAACUAGAAUGCCGCGGUAGCUCUUCAAAUCAUGUAUGCCAAGGAGCAGCAAAAAUCUCUGUGAAGGGCUACCAUUGACCAGGAACUGAACUG